AUGUCCGCUGAAGAGCCAACUAAGGAGAAGAUUCCUAUCAACCAUUCUGACGAUGAAGAUGAGGACAUCGAUCAGUUAAUCGAGGACCUGCAGUCGGUCCACGGUUUCGACGAUGAAGAGGAGGAAGAGCACCAUGAGGGUGCAACCGCCAAGCCCGUUCCAGAAGAACUCUUGCAAACGGACCCAGCUUACGGUUUAACCACUGAUGAGGUCCACAAGAGAAGAAAGAGAUUUGGUGAAAACAAGAUGGCUGAGGAGAAAGAGAACCUUCUUGUCAAGUUCUGUAUGUUCUUCGUCGGCCCAAUUCAGUUCGUCAUGGAGGCUGCUGCCAUUCUGGCCGCUGGUCUGGAGGACUGGGUCGAUUUCGGUGUGAUUUUGGCUUUGCUGUUCCUGAAUGCUUCAGUUGGUUUCAUCCAAGAAUACCAAGCUGGUUCUAUUGUCGACGAAUUGAAAAAGACUUUGGCUAACUCUGCUACUGUUAUUAGAGACGGUCAAGUUGUCGAUAUUUUGGCUGACGAAGUUGUUCCAGGUGAUAUCCUAAAGUUGGAAGACGGUGUUGUCAUUCCAGCCGAUGGUCGUCUGGUUUCUGAGGAAUGUUUCUUGCAAGUCGACCAAUCUGCUAUUACUGGUGAGUCUUUAGCCGUCGACAAGAAGACUGGUGACUCUACCUACUCUUCUUCCACUGUUAAGAGAGGUGAAGCUUACAUGGUUGUCACCGCAACUGGUGACUCUACCUUUGUUGGUAGAGCUGCUGCUUUGGUCAACAAGGCUUCCGCUGGUCAAGGUCACUUCACUGAAGUCUUGAAUGGUAUCGGAACCAUUUUGUUGGUUUUGGUUAUCGCUACUUUGCUGGUGGUUUGGGUUGCUUGUUUCUACAGAACCUCUCCUAUUGUUAGAAUUCUGCGUUUCACUUUGGCUAUUACCAUUGUUGGUGUCCCAGUCGGUCUUCCAGCUGUCGUUACCACCACCAUGGCUGUCGGUGCUUCUUACUUAGCCAAGAAGCAAGCCAUCGUUCAAAAAUUGUCUGCCAUUGAGUCCUUAGCUGGUGUCGAGAUCUUGUGUUCCGACAAGACCGGUACUUUGACUAAAAACAAAUUGUCCUUGCAUGAACCAUACACCGUUGAGGGUGUUGAGGCUGAUGAUCUGAUGUUGACUGCUUGUUUGGCUGCUUCUAGAAAGAAGAAGGGUUUGGAUGCUAUUGACAAGGCCUUUUUGAAGUCUUUGAUCAGUUACCCAAGAGCCAAGGCUGCUCUGACCAAAUACAAGGUUAUUGAAUUCCAGCCUUUUGACCCAGUUUCUAAGAAGGUUACUGCUUAUGUUGAAUCCCCAGAAGGUGAAAGAAUUAUCUGUGUUAAGGGUGCUCCUCUAUUCGUCCUGAAGACUGUCGAGGAAGACCACCCAAUCCCUGAAGAUGUCCAUGACAACUAUGAGAACAAAGUCGCUGAAUUUGCUUCCAGAGGUUUCAGAUCUCUUGGUGUUGCUAGAAAGAGAGGUCAAGGUCACUGGGAAAUUUUGGGUAUUAUGCCAUGUAUGGACCCACCUCGUGAUGACACCGCUCAAACCGUUAACGAAGCUACUCACUUGGGUCUUAGAGUCAAGAUGUUGACUGGUGAUGCCGUUGGUAUUGCUAAGGAAACUUGUCGUCAAUUAGGACUUGGUACCAACAUUUACAACGCUGAGAGACUUGGUUUGGGUGGAGCUGGUGACAUGCCAGGUUCCGAAAUUGCUGACUUCGUUGAAAAUGCUGACGGUUUUGCCGAAGUUUUCCCUCAACACAAGUACAAUGUCGUCGAGAUUUUGCAACAACGUGGUUACCUGGUUGCCAUGACUGGUGACGGUGUUAACGAUGCUCCUUCUUUGAAGAAAGCUGACACUGGUAUUGCCGUCGAAGGUGCUUCCGAUGCCGCUCGUUCUGCCGCUGAUAUUGUUUUCCUUGCUCCUGGUUUGUCUGCUAUCAUUGAUGCUUUGAAGACUUCUAGACAAAUUUUCCACAGAAUGUACUCGUACGUUGUUUACCGUAUUGCUUUGUCUUUGCAUUUGGAGCUGUUCUUGGGUCUGUGGAUUGCUAUUAUGAACAGAUCUUUGAACAUUGACUUGGUUGUUUUCAUUGCUAUUUUUGCCGAUGUCGCUACCCUGGCCAUUGCUUACGAUAAUGCUCCAUACUCUCCAAAGCCAACUAAGUGGAACCUUCCAAGACUUUGGGGAAUGUCCAUCAUUUUGGGUAUCAUAUUGGCUAUCGGUACCUGGAUUACCUUGACUACAAUGUUGUUGCCAAGGGGUGGUAUCAUCCAGAACUUCGGUUCCGUUGAUGGUGUUUUAUUCUUGGAGAUUUCCUUAACUGAGAACUGGUUGAUUUUUAUUACUCGUGCCGCUGGUCCAUUCUGGUCUUCUUGCCCAUCUUGGGAGUUGGCCGGUGCCGUCAUUAUUGUCGACAUUAUCGCCACUAUGUUCACCUUGUUCGGAUGGUGGUCUCAAAACUGGACCGACAUCGUUACUGUUGUCAGAGUCUGGAUUUUCUCUUUCGGUGUUUUCUGUGUCAUGGGUGGUGCUUACUACUUGAUGUCCGAGUCUGAAGGAUUCGAUAGAUUGAUGAACGGUAAGCCAAGAAAGGAACCACCACCUCAAAGAUCCAUGGAGGACUUCAUUGUUGCUAUGCAAAGAGUCUCCACUCAGCACGAGAAGUCUGGUUAA